AUGUGGAACGCGCUGUGGAAGCUGCCUGCCGACCUCGUCGGCCACCACCUCCCCAACCUGACUGACUUCUUCUUUGAAAUCUUGGGCGAGGUGCCAACGUGUUUUUUUUUUUUGGAGGCGCUCCACGCCCGCAAGGAGCCUCUCCUGGUCCGCCUCCACGUCUCAUCCUUUAGCCUCGGCAGCCUCUACCAGCAUAGGAAAAAAAUGCAUAAACCGAUCCACCUGGACGAGCUGACACGCGUCGGCCUCGUUAAAGACGCCGCCGUGCACGUGGUCUUCGCAGGCAGCGCCUAG